CGAGAGAAUUCACUAGCCCAUAUAGAUCUACUGUUUUAAUGGUCAGGAGUUUACAAGAUAAUUACGGUUAAUGAACCUUGCACUUCAAAAUAAUUGACCGGUUCCAGUGUGUGAUAACUAGCAGUGAUUAAUGACGUGUUGUUAUGGCGGUCAACGAGAAAAGAAAUAUAAGUGCUGCAUCGGUAGGGAACCACGGCCAUGCUACUCUUGCUGCUAUGCAGUUUGUAGCUGGAGGAUGUGCCGGAUUUAUCGAGGUAUCUAUCAUGCAUCCUUUAGAUUUGGUAAAGACUAGGUUUCAGAUACAAAGAGGCCCUGAUGAUCCAAACAGAUACACAUCCAUUGUAGAUUGCUUUCGUAAAAUGUAUAGACAAGAAGGCCCAUUAUCAUUCUAUAAGGGAAUCCUGCCUCCCUUGUUAGCAGAGACACCUAAAAGAGCUGUAAAGUUCUUCACAUUUGAACGCUACAAAAAUUUGUUCAGUUACGAUAAUUAUUUGUCCCAGCCAGUGGUACUAUCUCUUGCUGGUUUGUUUGCUGGUUUGACAGAAGCUGUGGUCAUCAACCCAUUUGAAGUGGUCAAAGUGAAACUUCAGGCUGAAAGAAGCAAGUUCACUGAACAACCAAGCACAAUCAAAACAGCCAGAGCAAUAGUAGCCAAAGAUGGAUUUGGAUUAAGAGGAUUAAAUAAAGGACUGACAGCAACUCUGGGGCGCCAUGGAGUGUUCAACAUGUUCUAUUUUGGCUUUUAUCAUAAUGUUAAAGAUAUUAUACCAGCCUACAGUGAUCCUACUACUGAUUUCUUCCGCAGAUUUUUAAUAGGUCUGGUGGCUGGCACCCUCUCAUCCAUCGUCAACAUUCCAUUUGAUGUAGCUAAAAGCAGAAUCCAAGGACCGCAACCUGUACCAGGAGUCAUUAAGUAUAAGAGUUGUUUUCAGACAAUGGCUCUGGUCUAUAAGGAAGAAGGAUAUUUUGCUUUGUACAAAGGCUUGUUGCCAAAAGUACUUAGACUUGGGCCAGGUGGAGCCAUCAUGUUGUUGGUGUAUGAAUAUGUAUUUGAUUAUCUAAAGACAACUUUUUGAUGCAUCCGAUGUCAUUUGGUUAUUGUACUGUUGACUUGUUAUAUCAGCCUACUCCUGCUAUUAGUGUUUGUUUCUUUUACACAUGGCAUUCUACUCUAUAUACUGUAUACAAGUAUUGCCUAAUGUCAUUUUUAUACUAAAAAAAACUGUUAAUGGGCCAUAUUCUAAGGUAUGUUGUUAUUUUUUUCUUAAUUUAUACCUCAUUUCACUAAAAAAAAAUUUGGGAAAAGGGGGGGGGGGGGGAUUUCUGUUUUAAAAUUGUUUAUUCUUAAAAAUAGUAAAAAACUAAAAUUUAUUUCUGCAUUACAUAUAUUGUUCUUACUUUGACACUAGAGGUCAGUAUUUCCUAGUUGUGCAUAUCAAUUCCUAAAUACUAUAAAUAAUUGUCUCACUUAACCUUCAGCAUUGAUGUACUUUGCUGUCCUUUAUUUCUUUUUGGAUUUGAAUUUAGUGGAAAACUAUUUUCAAUGUUUUAUGCCAUAAAUAUUUAUUAAGCAGGUUUACUGUCUAGUAUCUAGGCUUGUGUGUUGUCAUUUGAUCUUUUUAUGUUGGCUGGUGUUAUCAGCUCAUUUGUCAAGUAUCUCUUGUAUUCUAUGGCUAUUGGGCUGUUCCACUUUUCAAUAGCUUGGUUUUUUUUUACCAUUUCUCGAUUAUUUUUUUUUUGGUAAAGAUUUUUUAUUGAUAUUAAUUUCUCAAAUUUAUACAAUCAGUUUUAUUGAUUUUAAACUUAAGAAUUGAAAAGAAUUAAUAACAGAUAUUUGUUAACUACAAACUUAUUUCUAAUCAUUGUUGACUAAUAUGUUUCAAUGACCGUAAUUUAAUGAUGAGAUUAAGCCCUUCAUACUAUUCAAGUGCUUGAAAUUACUAGAUAGCAUUUUAAUUUGUUUCCAUUGUCUUCAGAUUUGAAAUAUUGUUAUAGAUGAAUUGUUGUUCUCUUUAUACAAUUCAAAUUAUUUUAAUGAAAGCUUUUUUUUAACUUCCAGUGACUUAAUAUUUGCUGCAUAGCUUAGAACUUAUUAGAGAUGAUCAGCAGAUUGUACACUUUCUUGCAUUUAUUUUAUUCUGUCUCAACUUGACCUUGAAGUAGGGAUUGAUUGUGGAAUUUAAAAUCUCAGGGUAAUAUCAUCUCAUUGCUAUAGACUCAUGCAAUAUGACUGCCAGUCAUCAGAGAAUGUUUAUAUUAAUUAUUAGUCUAAAACCCUAUGCAAUCUUUGCUAAUAUAUAUGCAACAUUUUCUGAUGUCUAUACAUUACUAUUUUUAUUCAACAUUAAAUUUUUUUUAAAAUUUAAUUUACAGUAAACAGAUUUUUCCAGAUUUUCUACAUUUCUAAAAGCAGAUGUUGUUGUUUUUUAUUACAGUUUGUUUUGUUCAUAAGCUUGUAUUCAUGAUUCAUGUUCUUUAGAUUUUCUACAAUCAUGUUGUCUAACUAUACAUGUUAAUGUUUUUUUGAAGUAACGUCUUUAUUAUAUAAGAUAAGAUAUGAUUGUGAUAUUUCAUGUUACUGAUAUUCAGUGUAAUAAUUAUGUUCAGAGUUCUUGGCAUAAUGUUUUAAAGCAAAUUAUUUUGUUGUGUUAAUAAUAUUUAUCAAGUGUGCUCAAACAAAUGUGUGGGGUUUGUACAAUGGAGGGUUAAGAAGAUGUUGCCAACUCUAUUUUUUUAUCCUUACAAAUGCAAGAUUUUUUAGGUUUACUUUACAUUGUAUUAAUAAAUGAAUACUAUGUGAAAUAAAUGCCUUUUCUUUUUUUU